UUUAAAUUGUCCCUAGCGGGGCCUGGUAGCAGCCGGCGGGGGCGGCUGUCAGGCGCUGACGGCGGACUGGACGCGCCCAGUUUGUUGCUGCUUCCAGUGAGACGCGGCUGUCUGGCUAGCUGGGUGCGGGUGUCGGCAGCGGCUCCGGGGGCUGCUCAGGCGGGACUGGGAAGAGGGUUCUCCCGCCGCGACAACGGCUCCAGCCAUGGACGAGCAGGCGGGGCCCGGGGUCUUCUUCAGCAAUAACAACAACAACGCGCUGCUGUUGCCGCCACCUCCGGGCGGGGCCGGGCAAGGACUUGAGCCGGGGGAGGCGGCAGCAGCUGCCGCAGCUGCCGUAGCGGCGGCGGCUGGGGGCUCCUCGGCGGUCCCGGCUCCGGCCUCUGCGGCGCGGGCUCAAUACAGCGUCCCUGGUAUCCUACAUUUCCUGCAGCACGAGUGGGGCCGCUUCGAGGCAGAGAGAGCCGAGUGGGAGGCGGAGCGGGCGGAAUUGCAGGCCCAAAUUGCCUUCCUUCAAGGGGAAAGAAAAGGUCAAGAGAAUUUGAAAAAGGAUCUAGUGCGGCGAAUAAAAAUGCUGGAAUAUGCUCUUAAACAAGAAAGAGCUAAAUACCACAAAUUAAAAUAUGGCACAGAGCUGAAUCAGGGAGACAUGAAGCCUCCUAACUAUGAUUCUGAUGAAGGUAAUGAAACUGAAGUUCAGUCACAGCCAACUAGCCAGUUAAUAUGGAAACAAGGACGGCAGUUGCUCAGACAAUAUCUGCAAGAGGUGGGAUACACUGACACAAUACUGGAUGUGAAGUCAAAGCGGGUACGAACGUUGCUGGGUCUCUCAGGUGAUGGUCCAGAUAGGGAAAAUGACAAAAACCAAGAAUCAAUGGUGAAUGGCACAGAUGCUGAGAUUAAAGAAAAGGUGAUGAUUGGGAAACCAGAUUUAACAGACUCUGCCUCUCUGCUGGAGACAUUUAAAUUCCUUGAAAAUGCUGCUGCAGAAUUUAGCGAUGAGGAUGAAGAUGAUGAUAUUGAUGGAAGAGAGAGAACAAUCAUGGACACUUCAACGAUUGUGAGGAAAAGGGUGCUGUCAGAUAGCAGUGAAGACAAAGAUACUGAAGAAGCCUUGAAGGAGUUUGAUUUCUUGGCUACAUCUGAUGAAGGAGACGGAGAAUCAAGAAGUUCAGGAGAUGGUACAGACUGGGAAAAGGAAGACCAGUGUCUCAUGCCUGAAGCCUGGAAUGUGGACCAGGGAGUAAUAACCAAACUGAAGGAACAAUACAAAAAGGAGCGCAAGGGGAAAAAGGGGGUGAAGAGAAAAACUACCGAAGAUAUGUUUCAGCCUCAGUCCUAUAUAAAACAGUCAAAACAGGGAUGUGGGAAAAUGAUGGAGCAAAAUGCAGGGCCCAACAGGUCAAAAUUACAAGAUAUGCUUGCUAAUUUGAGAGAUGUUGAUGAUCUGCCUGCAUUACAGCCAUCUGUUGUACCACCCACCAGACCCAGUACUUCACGGCUUAUUGAGCAAGAGAUCAAUAGAACAGAUGAAGUGGAAGCGUUAACAUUCCCUCCUUCAUCUGGAAAAUCUUUCAUUAUGGGAGCAGAUGAGGCCCUUGAAAGUGAGCUUGGUCUUGGGGAAUUGGCAGGCCUUACAGUAGCCAAUGAAGCAGAUUCUCUUACAUAUGAUAUAGCAAACAAUAAAGAUGCCCUGAGGAAGACUUGGAAUCCCAAGUUUACCUUGAGGAGUCACUUUGAUGGAAUAAGAGGUCUUGCUUUCCAUCCAGUUGAACCAGUGUUAAUUACAGCAUCUGAAGACCAUACAUUAAAAAUGUGGAAUUUUCAGAAAACUUCUCCAGCAAAAAAGAGUGCCUCUCUUGAUGUGGAACCUAUAUACACUUUCAGGGCACAUAACAGUCCAGUGCUUUGUGUGGUAAUGAGUAAUACUGGUGAGCAGUGUUAUAGUGGGGGAACUGAUGGCCUCAUCCAGGGUUGGAAUACUACAAACCCAAAUAUUGACCCUUAUGAUUCCUAUGAUCCUUCUGUCUUAAGAGGUGCAUUUGUAGGCCACACAGAUGCAGUGUGGGGUUUGGUUUACAGUGGAACACACCAGCGCUUGCUCUCUUGUUCAGCAGAUGGCACUAUACGUUUAUGGAAAGCUUUGGAGAGUGCUCCAGCUCUGAAUAUAUUUAAUGAUAAUCAAGAGUUGGGGAUUCCAUCUUCUGUGGACCUUGUGAGCAGUGACCCAAGCCACAUGGUAGUAUCGUUUGGCAGUGGGCAUACAAGCAUUUUUAAUAUGGAAACAAGACAACGUGUUCUUACUUUGGAGUCCAACGUAGAUAAUACAGUCAGCACUUCUUGCCAAAUAAACAAAGUAAUCAGCCAUCCAACUCUUCCAAUUAGUAUUACAGCCCAUGAGGAUAGACACAUCAAAUUCUAUGACAAUAACACAGGGAAAUUGAUCCAUUCCAUGGUUGCCCAUUUGGAUGCAGUUACUAGUUUAGCUGUUGAUCCUAAUGGCUUGUACUUGAUGUCUGGCAGCCAUGACUGUUCGAUACGCUUAUGGAAUCUUGAAAGCAAGACCUGCAUUCAAGAAUUUACAGCUCAUCGCAAAAAACAUGAUGAAUCUAUUCAUGAUGUGGCAUUCCACCCCUCAAAAUGUUACAUUGCCAGUGCAGGAGCAGAUGCGCUUGCUAAAGUCUUUGUAUGAUGCAAAAUCUCUCUUCCUUUUUAGCUGCCAUGUAUAUACAACAAGCUGUACAAAACACAAGGGCAAGAGCCUUCUCUUUCUGCCCUUUAAUUCAGUGAAUGUUAGAAAAUGGACUAGGGUUUUCUUUUCUUUCUUCUUUCUUUCAUUUCUUUGAGGGUGCUCUUUUCUAAAUUAAAGGGUUGUUUUGGGAUACAUGAGCUCAGCUAGUGCUGAGAGCUGGGAAACUAUCUGUUUCAAAUGGUCCAUAGAAGAACCAUUUUUUUAUUUUUGAUGGUGUCAGUAUUUGUCCAGGCCGGCCUUGGGCAAAAUGUGAUCCUCUGUAAACAAUAUGUGCGAUACAGAGUGGUCAGUAAGGAAGUUAAAGACUCAGUUUCACAGGGUACAAGUAAAUACAAGCUUUUCUGUCUGUUUACUUCAAGAAUUUUAUCCACGUAUUUCUGUAAAAUAACCCCAAAUUUGGUGAUUAAUGUAACACUUGGAAAUAUCAGAUAAAUAUUAUACCUUCUCCUUUUUUAAGUAUUGUACGGUUGGAUGAUGUACAGAAAGCACUACUUGAUUUAGUGUUAGCCUGCUGGCUCUUAGAUUAAGCAGACUGGGUUUAAACGUCAAAUAUUUAAAAACAAUAAUGCAGUUAAUACAUUUACCUAAAUAAACUGUAUUAAAGCAGAUACAUGAAAUGCAUAAAAAUGUAUGUUUUAUUUUAAAUCUUUGGAAGAAUUUGGUAGCAAGUGACUGGAACUGCAGUUUAACCAUUAAUCCAGCUUCAUGUAAUGUAGUAGUCAUCUGUUUACAACAGGGAUGAGGCUCACUUAGUUCAAAUGCUGAUGACUUCCAUUUGCAGUAGAGCUCAGUAAAAUUAAGAACCUCUUUUUCAGCUAAACAAGAAAUGAUAACUAUGUAGGAUUUAAUAGGUUUUACUGUUGAAAUGCAUGUCAACUGCAUCCUAACAAUUUUCAUUAUCUUGAAUAAACCUGCCCUGCUAUCACUCCUCAUCUUAUUCAUGCAUAGGAGUGGCUUUCCUGUGGUGCAGUCCUUUGCUGCCAAGAAGUAAGAGUGUGUGUGAGAGAGAAAUGUGUGUCUGUGUAGUGUGUAGUUAAUCAACCAUGUGGGUGGGGACUGCCCAGAGGAGCUUUUUCACUUGAUAUUUGCCCUCCCACUAGGUGAUGAUUGGGUGGAAAAGAGUGUGCAGCCGGCCAUGAUGGUUGUUUAAUUCACAAACUCCACAGCAGCAGAAAGCAGCAUCCAUGCUCUGUGUGCAUGCGUGCGUAGAGCAGCCUUCACCAACCUUGUGCCCUCCAAAUGUUUUGAACUACAAUUCCCAUCUGCCCCAGCCAGUACAACUGGUUGGAACUGGUUUUUAGAUGAAUUUGGAGUUCAUAAAGAUAUGCCACCUUUUUUGAUGGACCUAUUUAUGCUACCACAAAUUUGGAGAAGGAACAAUUCUUAUCCAUUCAUUCUCAGUGUUUGUGUUAUCUUCUGUAGGUUUGAAGAUACUGAGUUCUCCUUUUGGUACUAAAAUGUGUGACAUAUCUAUUUGUAGAUGUUACUGCUCAUUUCCCUUAAAUGCAAAGAAGAUGUUUAGUCCAAAAAAAAUAAAUAUCUCAAAAUACUUAGCAUUUAUUAAACCCUGAUUUUGAGUCAAAGCAAAAAGUCCAACUGCUGCAUAAAAAAACAUUUAUCUAUAUGUGACUUCUGUGUACGUAUCCCUUGAUCUCUCUGUGACCUGUUUUUAAAGGAUAUUGCAUAGAUUUAUUUAGAAACACAAAUGUUGUGUAUAUUGUGUGUGUACAUAUAUAUAUAGAUAUACAUAGAGAGAGAUUGUAAACAGUAUGUAUUAAAUGUGUCUUAAGGGAAGAUUCUAUGGGUAAUUUUAAUGUUUUAGUAUCAAAAGUUCUCCAGAUUUUGUUGAGUACAAAGGAUAAAAAGUAUGGUUAUUGUGCUUUUUUGCUUAAGCAAUAUAAUACAUAGUUGCUGAUGUUUAAAUUGCUGUACAUACAACCAAUAGACCAGCAUGCUUGUUUUUGAGACUCCCCAUUUGAUUAAAUUAUGAAUGUAAGAAAAUUGCUAUUCCAAUGUGGAUUGGAAGAUGUUCCAUCCUGCUUAGUGAAUUCUUGGUCCAAGUGAAGUGACUUUUAAAAUAAGUGAAUAGCUAGAGGCUGAGGUGCCUUUUGACAAACAAAAUGUAGCCUUACCAUGAGGUUGUGGGCUCUGUAUUUGUGCUCUUCUCCAGACUGUGUGUAAGUGUCUGUCAAUCUUCUGCUUACGUACUAUAGACUGCAUUGUACUGUGCAUGAGUAUUAUAACAAAUUCUUUAAGAUGGCAUCUUCAGUUAGAGAUGAAAAAAUCCUGUUCUAACUUUAACUAACCUGUUCUAUUUGCCUGCCAGUACUGGGUUGCACUUCCUCGGUGGAUUUAUCAGCAUUUGGAUUAGACUGGUUAGCCUUCAGACCACUUUUUUUUUCUUUUUUUUCUACCACCCUAUUGCAGAUGGCCAAGUGAACUGCCUUUAUUGGAAUGUAUUGUGGUAAAGAUCAUGGCCAGUAAUAUAAAAUCCUGUGGGUUUGAUUUCUGAGCAGCUGUUGAACAUAUGCCUGUUAUGUGAUGGUGUGAUCAUUGAAUGAUGAAUCUGUAUACGUGAGCUUACUUUUAGAAGAAACUUGUGAACCAGCAUUGCACUUGUGCCUACUCUGACUUGUUAAAAGAACACACCAUAGCAUACUUCUCCUUUGUAAACAAGGAGAGAACAUUUGAAACUUCCAUUUGUUGUCUUUUAACAAAUCAUACUUUUCUGUUUUGUCCAAAUAUGAGAAACAUUGGUUUGUGCAAACCAUUGAUGCUUUUCAGAUCCAUCUUUGGAUGAAAUGAGAAACUACGGUUUGUUAUAAACCACAAACAGGUGCUUGAAUUAUUCUCUUGUGUGUCAUGGGGGCAAGAGUAACAUUGCAUACACCCAAGGCUCAGUACAGCACAUUCUCAUAAGAAACCAUAGUUAGUUUUGUUUGAAUGCAGCCGUAGACUUGACUGUGUGUGUAUUAUGUGGAUUAGGAUGGCUAAACUGCCCCUCCAGAUGUUGUUGGACUACAACUCCUAUCUUCCCUGACUUGGUCUUAUGGCUGGUGCUGAUGGGAGUUGGGAGCCCACCAACAUCUAGAGGGGCGCAGAUUUAGAUGCAGUGGAAAAUGUAUGAAAAUACUGAAAUUUAAGGAUGUAAGAGGAAAUCUACACAGACAGAAAAAGUAUGGAAUCGUACUGAUUUUAAGUUUUGGAGAUUCAAUGUAUUGCCCUAAGUCAGAUACCUUUUUCUAAUUGUUCAGUCAUAUUAAAGAUUAAACUGCUUGUUAAUUUCCUGUUAUAUUAAGACAAAUCUUACACAGUUUACCAUUAGGCCAUUGUGAACCUAAGCACCACUUUGGACCUCUGUUUAGAAUCUGCAUAGCAAUGAAAUUGGCAGGCUGUAGCUUAGAAGAUACUUCAAGAAGGUAUAUAUUGAUCUAAAUAACAAUUGAACAUGGUAUUGGCUAAUUCAGUAGGCUCUCUGAAGAAAAGGUGGUUUUAAAAGCCAGAAUCUGCUGCAACAUAGUUAAUGCCAGAAUAUUGUAACAUUUAAAUAUGGCGAAAUAAGUUUGUAAUGCAUAGCCUGAUAAACGUACAUUGUAGCUAAUCCACAAAUUUGCUUUCUGCUCUUUGUGUAUUGGACCCACAUUGAAAUAUACAGAGGGCGUAAAUGAUUCAAAAUUGCAUUUAGAUUCUGAGUGGAUGAGGAAGAUCUUUCAAUUAAAACUAACUUAAUGUUGAGUUUUGCAGGUUAUUUGUCCCAGUACCAGAGCAUUAAGUGUAGAUAACUUGGAGAGCUUCUUGCCAAGUUGAACAUAUCAGUUGUCUGCAUGGAUAACUUGUUGAAAACGAACCAGAUUAUAUAAGGAAUAUUGGUAGGUUUCAAACUCACAGCAAUUUGUUCUUCUAUCUUGAAUGGGUGUUCUAAUGUAAUUUGAAUACUAGAUGGAUGCCUUCCAAAAUACUUCCUGCAAUAGUCAGGUGUUCAUGAUAAACACAGGUUUCAGUGCCACUGCAUCUGUGCCUUUAUAUAGAGAGACAGGAUAGCUUUUGAAACCAGAAAAAAUAUGUAACAUCUUGUAAAUUAACUGUUGGAAUUAACUGAAAGAGUCUCUUGUACUGUAUUCUUAGCUUUCUGAAAUUCUGGAACUGAAAACACAAAGUAACAACAAUAUUUCACAGUAAUGUGUGCUGGUUUGAUUUACCAACAGCAUUUCUGCUGAAGUGAAAGGAAGCGACAUAAUACUGCCUUGUCUGUCUUACUGACAAAACCCAGCCAAUUGGGAGGUAUGUCAGAGAUCCAAAGCCAGGAUUUUGGGGUUAAAUCUGGAUCUGCUGUUCUAUGCAACUCUGAAUCUAACCCUUUGUAUUUCGACUAAAAACUUGUAUUAAUCUUUGCAGAUUGUUGAGUAUCUUACUAGUUUGUUUCCCCUUCUUUUAAUAGGCUAGUUUGGAUUUGGCAUGUGCUGAUGAGUUAAACCUUUUUGUACAUGUCUCCAUGUUAGAUGUGGACAAAAUUACUAGGUCACCAGUUGCUCUGGUUUUCUGGCAGUGUUGCCUGCCUGCCUGCCUUCUAAACACUGGGGAAACUUGAAUUUAAAUGUUUUAUUUUUACUGCUUUUUCUUUAAAAAUGUAUGUAUUUUAGUCCCAUUCUCAUCUUUAAAGUAGAGGCAGCAAGUGGUAGCUUGGAAGUACAAGGUGUGAUUUUCAUUCUUGACCAGUUAACUGUGCCUUGUUUCUGUUCCUUAAAUGCAGUUGAACUGACAUUGAAACAAAUUCCAAAAACGGAUGUAGAAACACAUCCCUAAAAUGAAAAUAGAGUUAGGCAUCCUCCUACAUCUGAAUAAUGUUUUGUUUGUGAGAGAUAUUCCAACUGGUUCCAAAUUCAGAUCAUCACAUUUGAAGCUUUCAUUAUGUGAGAAAUAACAGUAGGUGGGGGGCGGGUGUAAUAUGAAUAGGCUACAAAAUAAAUGUGUGGACUGGAUUAACAGAUAGCUACUAUCCAUUUUCUGAUGCAUGAAUGGAUACCUGCACCACAAAGUGGCUGGUUGCUCAGUUUAGUUAAUCUUCCCAAGAAACAUCAUAUUCACCAGUCUACAUGGUUUCUGUAUUUAUCAUGGGUAAUAAGUUUCAUAUAGUGUACUGUACAACCUAGUACAGAACCUCCUGUAGUAAAGGGUGGGAGGAAAUUCAUCAGUGAGCAUGUGAAAGUAUUUUUUAACUAAAUAUAAUCAGUUUUUUUGCUUGUGUAUAGAAAUGUAGCUUUGGUGGAAUAGAUCUACAGUGUAAUCCUGUGCAUGUUUACUCAGAAGUAAGCCCUGUUGUGUUCAAAGAGGCUUACUUCCAAGUCAGUAUAUAUAGGGUUGCAGCCUUGGUAUUGAAGUAUAUGGAAGUUUUAAAGCAGGUGCGGAGAGCAUAUGGCCCUCCAGAUGUUGCUGAGUUACAUCUCCCAUCAUCCCUGGUCAUUGAGCCAAAGGCUCUCCAUACCUUUAAAGGUACCAUGUGAUAACACUGAUUUGUCUAAGUGUUGACUAAAAUAAGUUAUCUUGGGUGUGCAUCAGUGUUGGCUGUUGUUUUCAUCAAAUUAGGAAGAUCAAGCAUUAACAGGAAAAGCAAUGAUGUAAAAGUACAGUUUAGGCAUACAAUUUCAACCACAAAAAGGCUGUUCAUCACCAAAUGAUACUCAAGGGCUGUUCCUUUACUUUGAGAAACCAUUAUUUAAUCAUCAAAUAUUUCAAAAAAAUCAUUAGAAGCAGAGUAAUAUUUAAGGACAUGCAAUAUUUUACCAUUUUUUCUCAGAUAAGAUGUAGAAGUAUAGCAACUAUGAUUCAUUUUUUUUAUCUUUAAGACCAAACCAUAUUUAAAAGUAAAUGGCAGCAAACUGUUUGUGGAACACCUUGAAUAAACUUGACUUUGAACUGGAGAAACUUCUCAUUAUUGAGGAGGCAAUUGAUGCAAUAUUGAGGUACUAUUGAAGGCAAUUGGACUGGAUAGUUGGAGGGUGAAUUUCUGCGUACAGUACCUGCAUUCUGUUUUGAGUAAAAAUCAAAUGGACCUUCCUGAAGUAACACUAUAUACAGAGCAGCUUUACUAAAUAUUACUGCAGCAAAUAAAUGUCCUUUGUACUAUGUAUUUAUGUAAAUUGGGUGCUAAUAAAUACUAUUUUUCAA